AUGGGCCCAAACUUCACAGGGCAUCCCGCUGGGAUGGGACAUCCUGGUGUCGCCGGUCACCCCAUGGGACCUGGCAUGCCUCCCAACUCUGCACAAGGUGCACCUGGUGGUGGAAUGCCUCAGCAGUUCGCCGGAGCUCACAUGGCCGUAGGCCCAGGAGGACAAGUAAACCCUGCCUUGAUGGGUGCCAUGCCACCAGGUGCUAAUCCUCAUGCUCAUGCAUUACAGCACUUGAAUCCCGCUCAACAGCAAAUGUUUCAGCACCAGCACCAGCAGCAGCUGCAGAAUCAAUUCAAUAACCCCAGCGCGAUGGCCGCUAUGCGCCAGCAACAACUUCUCCAACAGCAGCAGCAACAGGCGAGGCAGGCAUUUAUGGCCCAGCAGGCUAUUCAAGCCAACAUGCCAGUCGGCGUCAACGGGAUGCCCAUGGGGAUGCAGCUGGGCCAACUCAAUCCGCAACAGCUUCAACAGCUUCGGCAAUCCGGAAGAAUGGGACCUGGUCAGCAUCCCCAAGCCCAAGCUCUCAUGGCUCAUCACAUGGCGCUUCAGCAGCAGCAGCAACAGCAACAGCAAAAGCAACAACAACAGCAGCAGCAGCAGCAGCAAGCCGCCCAGAGUCAGCAAAUACCUGGAAAUGCAGGGCAACCAAUGGGAAUGAAUGCUCAGGGCUUGGCCAAUGUACAACAACAGCAACAAGCUCAAAUGGGUGCUGCUGGACAGAACCAGAUGGGCCAGCCGCAACAAACCGGUCAACCAGGCCAAGGGCAACCGCAACCGCAGCCGCAACCUCAACCUCAAUCUCAACCUCAGUCUCAACCACCGCAACCACAACCACAACCGUCCAGCCAACCACAAUCCCAACAAACACCACAACAAGGCUCCCAAGCUGGCACUCCGGCACCCAGCGGCCAACACACGCCAGCUCAAACGCCAGCGCCGCCUACACCAUCCCAACCGACUCCGCAGCAAGUACAAAAUCCGCAGCAGCAGCAGCAGCAGCAGCAGCAACCACAGAAUCAGUCUCAACAGCCUGGCCAACCACAACCUCAGCAGGGUGCUGGUCCAGCGCAGCCACAGAUGAAUGCUGCCACGGCAGCCGCUGCGCAACAUAUGGCUUUAUCGAACAACCUCUUCCAGCAGCAGCGAAGAGAGAAUCUGAAGGGUCAGUGCUUAUUGAAGUUGAUGCAGUUCUCUGAACACUUGAGCGGGUUUCCUGGACCGAGGGCAAAGGACGAUCUGACAUACUGGAAUGGCUUUGUUUCAAGAUUCUUCUCCAAUAAUGGUGUCCUUCGUCAUUCAGUAUUGAUAAAUGACGGCGAUGAAUCAACCGACAAGCAAUAUGAGAUAGCUUUUCCGGCCAUUGCCCGAUACUUUCACACACAUUUUAGCAGCGGCGUCAAGAGCAUGCAGUUGAUCAUGGACAAGGGGCUCACCGAUCGCCCUUUACCUGGCGAAGGUCACUGCAUCGAGAACCAAAGAGCUAGCCUGGUCUACUGGUUUGAAGCCGGCUCACAUCUUGUCGCUACCGGCACACUCCGGGUACAAUUCGACAGUGAACAACGCAUUGAACUUUUUGAGUUUGUGACGACUGGACAUGAGGAAUACAUCUCGAGAAAGCAGGUUAUAGAAGCCGCUAAACCCGCUCACAUGUGGAUCAAAGAAUGGCACAAGGUCAACUCUCAGGAUGGCAAAACUUCUCCGGAGAUGUCGAAGAAGAGCAAGGCGAAGCAGCUCAAGUCACCUCAGACCCAACCACCUGAAGUCCUUGUGGACCUCCCUGACUCUGCUGUCAACAGCAAAGGUGUAACCGAGGCGGUACACCAGUUCCUCGAGAUUGUCGAAGUUAUGGGUCAAAUGAACCCGCUCUUUGGAUUCUGUCAGGGAAACCCUGGUGUUGGCCCCUAUGCUGCACUAGAGCAGUACGUUGGAACCUACAUCAAUGGAAAUGCCCAGGCGAUCAACGGUCAGCAAAUACCCCAAGGUGGACCUAGAACACCUAGCUUUGGCCAAUUCCCUAUGGGAGCGAGCCCAGCAGCAGCACACAUGAAUCUGCCUGGGUCACCACAUAUUGGCAGCCCAGCUACUGGACAAAUGCAGGCUCCAGGGAUGCAGCUGCAACCUAGUCAGCAAGGAACCAGUUCAAGUGGACCAAGCGCCAACACCUCACCAGCGUCUAACAAACGCAGACGCCCAUCCGGUGUUAAAACCGAAGACGACGGCUCUGGAGCGGGUACACCAGGUGGCGCCCAGGUCAACGGCGUAGGCAGAGGAAAACCGCCUACUCCUCGGAUGCCGAAGCGCGUCAAGGGAAAUCCUUCAUAA